GAAGAAUGUCUCAAGUGAAAGAAGAAAAGUUGUAUUCACGUGCAUAUCACGUGACUGCUACAUUUUAUUUCUAAUUGACAAAAAUACCCCUACCGUUUUAUCCAAUUGCCGACUAACACGGUAACACCAAAAAAUAAUGGGCCUUCGGCCCAUCGAAACAUAAGCUUAACAGUCCACACUGUCUCGCUCUCGGCCUCUCCCCAAUGUCCAAUUCUCUUUUUCUCACUAUCCAUCUCUCAUAUCCACUCACACUCUCGCACAUCCGUGCGUUUAAUUCACGCGCCACCACUCUCGCUCCCAUCAGUUUCUCGACUCCAGCAUCUCAAUCUACCGGCCGUGGUAAAUUUCUCCGGAUACCUGCUUCGAUAAUGCACUCCAACACGAAACUCGCGGCUACUCAACCGGAGCUGAGUCAACUCGACGACUUAUCCGAUUUCGAGAAACUCCUCUCACCGAGCGGUCACAUCUCGAUCUGCGGCUUCGGUUCCCUCCUCUCCGAGAGGAGCGCAAGAAGUACGUUUCCGAAUCUGUUAAACUUCAGAGUAGCAAAAUUGAAUGGAUUCAGGCGCCUCUUCGCUCACAUCGCUCCAAUUUUCUUUGAUCGCUGCAUCGCCAAGCCAGAAACCAAGGAGAUAUCAAGCUUAAGUGUAGAGCCUUGUGAAGGAGAGACCAUCAUUGUUACCGUUUUUGAGAUUCAAAAGUCAGAGAUUCCAGCUUUCAUUGAAAGAGAGCUCGAGUUUCGGUUUCUAGCUGUUUUGCCUGAAACAGUUGAUGGAGAGCCCUUUGCCAAUCCUGCAGUGCUUUGUGCUCGUUACAGUGAUGAGGAAUUCUUUCAAAUUAGAUGCAAAGGAAGCAGGGACAUUUAUUUUCAGCAUUAUGGUCGAUACAACAUCGAUAAGAUUUGGCGAGAUGAUAUCUUGCCAUGCCGUGUUUAUCUCAGACACUGUGUAUUGGCAGCUAAGAAUCUGGGUGAAAUUGCCUACAACAACUUUCUGGAUCACACUUUCCUUGGAGACCGAACAACCACCAUCCGAACAUAUUUAGCAACAACUGGUUUAGGCAUCAUGGAAGAGGAGCCUCCGGAAUCUUUGAAGUCUCGCUAUGGUGGUUGAUGAUAGACAAAUUGGCAGGCUAGCCUUUCAACAUUUCUAUCUUUAACCAUAGUUUGGAUCAGACCAUUACAUGAUUAUGGUACUAUCUUUCAAUAAUUCAAUCCUCUUACAGCUCUGGUUUUUUUGAGCAUGGAUCCGUUGUAUUUAUGUUACUUUUUCUCUGUCGCGAAUACAAGUGCAGCAACUCGUACAAUAAAAUAGUUUCGAAAAUUUCUAGGAGUUUAUGAGCCCAGCCUCGAGGGCGUGGCUUCCAAAAAUUGACGGGUAAGUCCCACCUAAGUAGGGCGGAACUCACUCGCCUCGAAAGUGUGUUCGUUGUACAAGGUGUUGGCACGACCCGCCGUCUCUAUACGAUCAUUGACGAGUCACCCUCCACCCCUGACAGGACGGGUUAAUCAAUGCAGCGGAUCUCAUCCGGUAUAAAUUGACGGACAUUUAUGCUUGGGGUCCAAAGCCUUCGAUGUGGGAUAUCGGUUGACCAAGUUUCGUUUUUAAAAUUUAAAUUCCAUUUUUG